CCCACUCCUCAUUCCCCUAUCACCAUGUACAUUUCCACUUUCACCCCUUUCAACAAACACAUUUUUUUAACACCGAUUCCGAGAUUUUCCAGACCACAACCUACAUUCAUCAGAAUUUCAACAAACACCCAUGUCUCGUCAUGUCCGGAUGCUCGGUGGCCAGAACCCAUCAGCCACCGAGCCAGCACCAGACACCAACAAUGCCGAUGCCGACUUUGUAGUCAUCAUCGCCGCCCUAUUAUGCGCUCUAAUCUGCAUCCUGGGCCUCCUAGCAGUGUCUCGCUGCACAUGGUUCCGUCGUAUCUCCGGCAUAGUCAUCAUCAACCGUACGGAUCAGUCGCUACCCGCUGCUGCUAACAAAGGCCUCAAGAAGAAGGUGUUGAAUACUCUUCCAAAGCUCACAUACUCCACGGAAACAAUGGCUGAAAAAGUCUCUGAUUGUGCCAUCUGCUUGUCGGAAUUCAAUUCCGGUGAUGAGAUAAGAGUUUUACCGCAGUGUGGUCAUAGUUUUCAUGUCGUAUGUAUCGAUACAUGGUUUGGAUCUCACUCUUCGUGUCCGUCUUGUCGCCAGAUCUUAGUUCCCGCACCGAGGUGUAAAAAAUGCGGUGACUUACCCGUUGUUGGAUCGACCUGCUCUGAUACCAUGAUAGCUGGUGAAACGAGUGGCUCAAUCGACAGGUUUUUACCGUGAUCAAAUUGAUUUAUUCCGGUUUGUAGUUAGUUUAGAGCUGUAAAAAGUUAAUUAGGUGGAUAUUAUUAGUUAAUUAAAUAUGUGAUUUUUGUACAUAUACAAUUGAUUGAUUCCAAAGUAUUGCUUUUGAAAAUUUAAUUUAAAUUAA